GACCCCGCACCACCAAUCACCUAGAGGCCUGGCACGAGAAGUUGCAGAAAAAGGUUCACCAUGCACACCCAAACAUCUUCGCCAUCAUCAGAGUGUUCCAGGAGAUUCAGGAAGCCAACGAGAUCAACAGGAUACAACGAGAUGCAGGAGGAGUCAACAGACCACGCAAGAAACGAUACCGAAACAUCAGCAGUCGACAGACCCAGCUGAAGGAGCACAGGGAGAACCAGACGAUGGAUCUUAUGGAAUCUCCCGUUGUUGUUGGUAUGGAAAAAGAACGCGAAAGUUUCAUCAGCACGCGUACGGUAGACAUCCGACACAGUUCGCCUUAUCAAGAAAGCGGUGAGCAGGAAAAAGCGGACAACUGGUGCAGAGGUCAUCAGCGUUUGUUCCGGAAGCUUCAGAAGAACCGAAAAUUCCGUGCCAAGUUUUCCUACAGCAUUGUCCAGUGCUUUUCGUACAUGCUCCUGGGAUGGAUGAAAGCUCAGAUCGGUCCCUCCUUCUCCGACAUUCUUCGUAUAACCAAUGCGAGUCUUGACGAAGGGGGAAUACUACGGACAAUCUACUACGCUGGCGUAGUGAUCGGAUGUCUUGCCUGCGCCAUAUUGUUUAGUCGUCUGCCAAUACCACUUCUAUCUGCCGCCAUUUUUGCCGUUGCAAGUGUCGACAUUGCUGUCAUCCCCUGGUGUUCAGAAUAUGGUGUUAUGGCAACAACCCAUUUCAUACAAGGUUUCUGUUUUGGAAUAUAUGAUACAAUUACGUUCGCCGAGGGAGUGCGGAUAUGGAGGAAUAAUUCGAAAUCGUACUUGCAAGUGUUGGCUUUUGGAUUUUCUCUGGCGUCUGUGUUAUCUCCCUUAGCCUCAGCACCCUUUCUCACUGAGAAGUACACUCCUCUAUAUCUUACAAAUACUAUACAAGCGAAUACUUCAUACGUAUUAAGCGAUAUGAACGCAUCAUUAAAUUCGCAAUCAGUGUUAGAGAAUAACACCUCAUUGAUACAGCCAGGGAGUUCGAAUUUUUACAUCGCCUAUACCAUAACGGCCAUUCUAACAUUUUUAGCGUUUGUGUCACUACUGACGAUUUGGAUAGUGUAUCGAGAAAAUUUUCAGAGUAUAUAUACAAAUCAGUCAGAGGUUAUCGAGACAAGUAAUACGGACAAAGCGGAACAAAAUAUAGUAAAAAUGAAACGACCUCUAGGUGCUAAACGGAAACUGUUUAACCUUAUAUUGAUGUCUUUACUAUUUGCCGUAUAUAACUCUGUAGACUACACCUUCGGUGAUUUCCUAACCAUAUUUUGUGUCAGACAACUGCAUUGGACAACGAGAAAGGGAGCAUUUUUGACAUCCAUCGUAUUUUUUGCAUCUGUAUUAAGCCGGUUUACCGCCAUUUUCAUAGUACGGAUCUGUCGUUUGGAUGUUUAUCUCGGAAUACUGUUCAGUAUUUUGAUUUGUUCAUUCAUAGGAAUGGCGUUUACAGCGCGAAUGAUGUGGAGCCCCGGAAUGUGGGCGUGUUCAGCUUUAGUGGGUGUGGCUGCCGGACCUAUUCCAGGUGCUUUUGUAUCCUGGACGCACGAGUGUUUUGUCCCUAUUACUGGUAAGGUGGCGUCUGCGCUAUUUGUAGCAGCAUUUAUUGGAGCCACAAUUAAUCCGCCAAUACUCAGCCACCUCUUAGCAGAAACGUCAGAAUGGUUCACAUAUCUGUUUGUUAUAGAAAGUGUUAUGACCAUUUUAAUUUUCAGCAUUGCAUUUAUAUUAUCUAGGAAAUCAAAGCAAGGUGUCAAUAAUUGAAAUUCCUUCAAGAAAAGAAACAUUACAUGCGAGUUUUAUUUGCUAGGGCAAUUACAUGUCCCUGCUCAAUCUUAAAAUGUCUGAUGAAUGUGAUUCUUGUGACAUUAAGAUAUGAAAGUGCUAUUUAUUUGUUUUCGUCUCACAUUUAUGUAUCAGAGUGACAUGUUGAUGUACUCUCAAAUAAGUGUGAUAUGUUUCUAUACUCACGAACACAUGUGACAUGUUACUAUAAUCACGAAUACAUGUGAUAUGUCACUGUGCUCACGAAUACAU